UGUAAUAAUCUAUUCCAUUUACAGCCAUGUUCUGAAAAACAAGGCCAAACGACUCAAACCACAGAGCUUUCUUUCUUUUCUUUCAGACAAUACCUUCUCUACUCUAAAGCUUUGAUCUUUGAUACUAAGCCAAUAUUUCCAGGGAAGAAAAGGACUGAAGGUGAAGAAGUAGAGGGGGGCAAGAGAGGUGGAGAUGGAGCAUCAAGAGUCUGAUCAUGAAGAAAAUUACGGUGGAGAAGCCGCUUCAAGCAGUGAUGCAUCAUGUGGAAGCACCAUGCAAGACCAGAAUGAAUACGACAUGGAUUGUGAGAUAGAGAUAGAUGACGAAUCACAGCCUUUCGCUCCUUCUGUCAAGAUUAGAAGGAUAGACAAUACCCUUCUCAUCAGCACCAUCGUUCUCAAAGACGUGGCUCUGUCCUCAUCUCUCUUCUCCAUUCUCGAAGAAGAGAAGCUCGAUAUCGUGUUUGAGAAUCAGUACAGAACCGAACACACAGUUGCUCAUACUGUUCAGGUGAAAGUUCAACCAGAUUACGACAUUAAUGAAUUAGAGAUGAAGCUUUGCAGGUGGGCAGGGAAGCCCGUGUAACCUGCCUAGCCUGCAACGCCAUUCUAGCUAUCUUCUCUGCAAAUGGAAGCUGAUGGCCAUGGAUGUUUUCUCCUUAGUUUAUUAAGUUGAAAUCGGAUGUUGGGAUGGAUUUAUUAACUAAUUUGUCACUUUUUUACGUUUUUUUUUUGGGGUAAUUUGCGGUAGACAUCUUUCGGAUGUAAAGAGUGAUCAAAAGUGUUUUUCUUAUUAAGAAAUCAGGAAACAAAUUAAGCCA